CUUUGAAUUAUUAUUGGCUGCGUACUACUAAAAAGGGCUUCCCUCCGAUUGGUUCGAAGGCACGCGCUAAUAGGGCGUAGCUUCCUGACAAAGGGGGCUCUAUAAAAACCCGAAAGGCCCCGGUGGAUCUUCAGAUUCGACCUGACCACCCUCAGCAGCGGUGCAAGUUUAAAAAAGUGCAUUCUUCUUUCUCUCGUAUUUCGUAUAAAGUUACGCGAGAAUUUUUCUACCUGCGAAUCGUGAAUUUCGUUCGUGCUAAAAAUAAUUCGGUGACAAAAUGGAAAAUCCAGAACACUACUCAACAUAUUUGUACUUCCCAGCAACUACUACUGAAGUGUUGCCUCAAGAUUGUUGGGGUUCAUCUCCAGCUUCCAGCUAUGACAGUUUGAGCGACGAGAACUUCCAGCAAACAGGAAGUCCCGGAAAAUCUGGAACCAGAGGAAGAGUAUCGCCUCAAAUUUUGAGAAGACGCCGAUUGGCUGCCAACGCCAGAGAACGUCGUCGUAUGCAAAGUUUGAACCAAGCUUUCGAUCGUCUCAGAACUUUUCUACCUCAACUUGGCCAGGACAGACAGUUGAGCAAAUUUGAAACGCUUCAGAUGGCUCAGACCUAUAUUUCUGCGUUGUAUGAUCUAUUGGAGGCGCCUAAUUCAAGAUAAGUUUGUUUUUAGUUUUGUUUUUUUAUUAUUUAUUUUUAAACCAAAGAAAUUUAUUGCCAGUGUUGUAACUUUGUACCAUAGAUUUAACAGUAAUUUAUUAAAUUUGUGAUUAGGAUUUAGAUUAAUGUAUUUUUACUUGCGCGCCGUCCACUUAUUUGAAAAUAUUGUUAAAAUUUAAUUACUAAGAGUUAUCUAGAUAUUUAAUUAUUGAUAUCUUGUGUUCUUU